AUGACUACAUCCGAAGUAGCUCAACGUUCUAUUGAAAUUCCUUUACAUGACAGUGAUGAAGUUAUUGAAGUCAGCCUUGAUCAACUACCAGAUGGACAUGAAGUAUUGUCAAUUCUUCAACAAGAAAAUUGUCCAUUACACAUAUGGGUUACAUUGGCCUUGGAAUAUUAUCGUCAAGAAAAAGAAACAGAUUUUGUUCAAAUUCUAGAAGCAGCAAAAAAUGAAAUAACAAAUCAAAAACAACAACCACAAUCUCAUCAACAGCAAACAAAAGAGCAACGUCAACACGAAAAUGAUCAAAUGAGAUGUUUAGAUACAUUAGCUGCUUACUAUGUGAAAUGUGGAUAUAAAGAAAAACGUGGACAAAAAAAACGAGAAAAUUUCACACAAGCAACAUUAUUAUAUACACAUGCAGAUAAAAUUAUGAUGUAUGAUUUGAAUCAUCUUCUUGGUCGUGCCUAUUUUUGUUUACUGGAAGGUGAUAAAAUGGACCAAGCUGAAGCACAAUUUAAUUUCGUUUUGAAUCAGAUGCCAAAUAAUAUUCCAGCGUUACUUGGACGAGCGUGUAUUUCAUUCAAUAAAAAAGAUUAUCGUUCAGCAUUAAAUUUAUAUAAACGUGCAUUAAAAAAUUGUCCAGAAAAUUCUGCUAGUAUCCGAGUCGGGAUGGCAAAUUGUUUUGCUAAACUUAAUAAAUUAGAAAAAGCUGAGCUCUCGUUUAAUCGUGCAAUUCAAAUUGAUCCGAAAUGUGUUGGUGCUUUAGUUGGUCUAGCUAUAUUGGAGUUAAAUCAAAAACGAAAUGAAUCAAUACGAAAUGGUGUAACAAAAUUAUCACAUGCUUAUCAGUCUGAUCCACAAAAUCCAAUGGUUCUAAAUCAUUUAGCAAAUCAUUUCUUUUUCAAAAAAGAUUAUCAACGUGUACGUCAAUUAGCGAUGCAUGCAUUGAAUUAUACAGAAAAUGAAGCAAUGCGUUCAGAAUCGUGUUAUCAUUUAGCUCGUGCACAUCAUGCUGAACGUGAUUAUGAAGAAGCAUUUCGUUAUUAUUAUCAGGCAACACAUUUAGCACCAGAAAAAUUUGUUUUACCACAUUUUGGUUUGGGACAAAUGUAUUUGGCACGUUCAGAUUUUACUAAUGCCAGUGAUUGUUUCGAAAAAAUAUUAAAAGUUCAUCCAAAUGAUCAUGAAUCUAUGAAAAUUUUGGCUAGUAUCUAUGCUGAAUCAAGUGAAAUCGAAAAACGAGAUAAAGCACGUGAAUAUCUGAAGAAAGUGACACAACAUGAUAUACAUGAUAUUGAUUCUUGGAUACAAUUAGCUGAAAUAUUAGAAGGCGUCGAAUUGCAAGGUGCAUUAGAUGCAUAUUUGACUGCAUCGAAAUUGAUACGUGAAACACACGGAGUAGAUACACCAGUUGAAAUAUUGAAUAAUAUGGGAAGUUUAUAUUAUCGUUUGAAUAAUUAUGAAGAAAGCAAGCGUUGUUUUGAAAUGGGUAUUCAAAAUGCUGAUAUGGCUCGUGAAGCAGAGCCAGGAUACUACAACUCAAUAUUAGUGACAAUGCGUUAUAAUUUGGCUCGUGUUUGUGAAGCAUCAUUUGAAUUUGAUAAAGCCGAAACAUUAUAUAAAGAGAUUUUACGUGAACAUCCGAAAUAUGUUGAUUGUGUAUUGAGACUGGGCUGUAUGGCACGCGAUCGUGGACAAAUAUACAAUGCAUCGGAUUGGUUUAAAGAUGCUUUAGAAAUUAAUCAGAAUAAUCCCGAUGCAUGGACAAUGAUUGGUAAUUUACAUUCAGCUAAACAAGAAUGGCGCCCAGGUCAAAAGAAAUUUGAACGUAUUCUGCAUAACUCAAGUACGGCAAACGAUUCAUAUGCAAUGAUAUCAUUAGGAAAUAUUUGGUUACAAACGUUGUAUAUACCAACACGAGACAAAGACCGAGAAAAACGUCAUCAAACCCGUGCAUUACAAGUCUAUAAAACUGUAUUAAAAAAUGAUCAACGUAAUAUUUGGGCAGCAAAUGGAGUUGGUUGUGUAUUAGCACAUAAGAAUUAUUUGAAUGAAGCUCGUGAUAUAUUUGCUCAAGUUCGUGAAGCAACAGCUGAUUUUCCUGAUGUAUGGUUAAAUAUUGCUCAUAUAUACGUUGAACAAAAACAGUAUAUACCUGCUGUACAAAUGUAUGAAAAUUGUUUGAAAAAGUUUUAUAAAUACAACAACGUUGAAGUAUUAACGUAUUUAGCCCGUGCAUUAGUUAAGGGAAAUCGUUUGAAAGAAGCGCAUAAUGCAUUGUUAAAUGCUAGAAGAGUAUCACCACAUGAUCUGACACUGAUGUAUAACGUGUCAUUAGUACAACAAAAACUAGCUCAUGAAACAUUAAAAGAUGAAAAUAGUACAUUAACACCAGUAUUGCAAGCAAUCGACCAAUUGAAAAUAGCCCAAAAAACAUUCACGUGGUUAGCUGAAAAUGGUGAUCCAUCUAGAAUUGAUUUAAAUCAAUCAUCUCAAGAAGCUAGACAAUGUUCCGAUUAUCUAUCCCAAUCAACAUAUCACGAAAUACGUGCAAGAAAGAAAGAUGAAGAAGAACAAUUUAUCAGACGUAAACAAGACGAAGAAAGGAAGAAAUUACGUGAAAAACAAAUGUAUGAAGAGCAAGAACGUCGCCGAAAAGAUGAAGAGCGUCGUCAAUUUGAACGUAAGAAACGUGAAGAAUUUGUACGUAAUUGCAAUUUAUUAGCAGUAAAUGAAACACAAGAAAAAGCCGAAAGACAACGACCAAGUGGAAAUAAAAAGAGACCUAAACAAGUUGGUGAAGAAGAAGAAUUCAUUAAUGAUACACAUGAUUUAAUAUCAAAUACGGAAAAACAGAAAAAACGAAUGAAGAAACACACGGGUGGUGAUGAUGAAAAUGAAAGGAUUGCACCAAAGAAGAAAGAACGAAAACCACCAAGAAAACGUAAAGUUCGUGACAAUGUGUCAGGUAGUGAUGAAGAAAAUGAUGCACCAAAACCGAAAAAAAAGUUGAAAGAAAGAAAAACAAAAGUAAAAAUAACUGUGUCAGAUGAUGAAAACGACGAUAAUAUGCAGCAAGAACAGGAGACUGAUGAGUUGGAAGGAAAUGAAGAUGAAAUCAAUGAGAAUGAAGACGAAGAUGAUGAUCCUAAAGAUAAAAAGAGAUCAAAGAAAAAGCCUCGACAAAAUGAUUCAUCUGGCCGAUAUAAGUCGAAAGCAACCAUAUCAAGUAGUGAAUCAGAGAAUGAGGACAAUGCGAAAAAGACACCAAAUGAAGAAGAGUCCGGUAAUGAGGGACAAGAAAAAGCGGAUGAUGAUGAUGAUGAAGUCGAACAAAAUGAACAAGAAGACGAAGAAGAGCAACAACCGAGUGAAGAUGAAGGAGACAACAGUCAAGUUGAAAAUGAAAAUUCACCACUAAAUGGUGACGAAGAACAAGAGCAAGCAGAUGAACAAGCAGAUGAACAAGAGCAGGAUGAUGUUCAGCAAGAUGAUGAAAAUGAGGAUCAAGAUCAGAAUGAUGAGGCAGCAGAAGAUGAAAAUGAUGAAACACCACAAGAAUCACGUGUAGAAGAUUUAGAAAUAAGUGAUGAAGACUGA